GCCAUUUAUUUCUUUCUAGUGCUCGACUCCGUCGUAGUGACAGCGUUUUAUAUUAUCGCGAGAGCGUAAUCGUUUUAUAUGUGAAAAUUGUAUAUUAAGUUUCCUAUAUAUAUCAUUAUAUCCGUGUGACCUGUUAGUGGAUGCCGCCGAAUGAUAAUAAUGUGUGUGCAAUGGGAAAAAUGUCUGUUAAGUGACGUGUAAUACCGCAGCAAUGUCUUUAUUCCAAUCUGCUGUGAACACAAGAAAUAAACGUGGAUUAUGCAAGUUGGGAUGAGAUGUGGACGAGUGUUAGGUAAAUUUUGUGUAUUAAAACUUUACUGAGGAUGUAUUGUGAAUAGUUUAUAUGUGGUAUGUUUUAUUUCGCAAGCAUCUGUCGGUCGUACAGGUGACGACACCGAACAAUGCAGUCAGUAAGACUAUGAGGGUUGUAAAAUAAUGCAGUGGCUGCACAAAAUAUUGACGCUGGCAAUAAUUUGCGCAGCUGUGGAGGCGUCCGUGUGCCCCGCCACGUGCGAGUGCACGCGUGUGCGCCUCGCGUGCUCCCGCGCUGCGCUCCCCGACCACAAGCUCACCCGGGCCGUCCUGGCCAACUAUGGACCCUCGCUUCGAGAGAUCGUUUGGACCGACUCGAACAUCACCUCCAUAGAAAUGAACGUAUUCGACGGGCUAUACGAUAUUGAAUACAUCGAUUUGAGCAGAAACGAAAUGACGAGAACUGAACACGGGCUGUUUGCGAGACUGAGUCGAUUAAAACAUUUGAAUCUGUCCAGGAACCACAUCGACGACAUACCGAGAUUCACUUUCGCCGAUCUGGCGAACCUAGAGGUGCUGGACAUCUCUCACAAUAAGCUACAAGUGCUACCAUUCCAGGUCUUCGGGCCGAUGAUUAGAUUACAGUAUUUGGAUAUUUCUUACAAUAAACUUGCAACUUUCUUAGAUUACUAUUUUAAACCUAAUCGCCAACUGAAAACACUGUUCCUAAAUAAUAAUAGCCUAGUCAAAAUUACUUCUAACGCUCUAGUCAACCUCGAGGAGUUGGAGACGCUCGAUAUAUCUAGCAACAAAUUAGAUCAUAUACACAAAUCUCUGUUCGACACUCUGGAGCAGCUGCGGGAUCUCAACCUGAGCUACAACAACUUCCAAAACAUAUCACAAGAUGCUUUUAAAAAUCUCGAUAAAUUAAAAUCGCUGAAUAUAGGCGGAAACAGACUGAAAGUGAUGCCCUCGAUGCUCUUCCAACAUAACGAAAACUUGAUAACGCUCUACCUCGACCACACUGAAAUAGUCGUUUUACAAAAUACUAAUUUUAAAGGAUUACACAAUUUGCAACGACUUUAUAUAAGAAACAAUAGCAAGCUGAAUGAAAUAGAGCCCUUCGUGUUCCUCGAUACGCCAGCGCUGACCCAUUUGGAUAUAAGUGCGAACGCAUUGACGUAUUUGCCACUGUCUUUGAAGGAUCUAGAUAAUUUGGAGGAGUUAAGAAUAGGCGCCAACCCUUGGGCGUGCGAUUGUCGAAUGGCGUGGUUCGGCAGUUGGGUGGAAAAGCGAAAGGAAAUAAUCAAAUCAGAUUUAAGUUGUGGAUUGACGUAUCCAAACGACAUGUUGCCUAUCGUGAACAACGCCGGGUGCAAGCCUCCGGUUUUGAUCAACAGUAGCCCCUUGAGUCUGCACAGACUGCAAACGGAUGCCCGACUUCAAUGUGUAUUCGACGGCAAUCCUUUGCCAUCCAUAACGUGGAUCACUCCAACGAGAGACGUUUACCACUGGAACCCGGAGCAGAACGAACCGGGCUUAUUUCACAAGCACGGAAUUGCGCACGAUCAGUAUUAUCGCCCUAUAGAUUACAGCAAAUCACGAGUGCAACUUCACAAAGACGGAUCUCUAAUCGUAACAGACAUUCAUAGGCAGGACAGUGGAACUUACAUAUGCCUAGCCUCGAAUCCUUCGGGCAAUGUGACCGCCGAAGUCAUCCUCAACAUAGAUCCGAUGACUAUGUUCGAAAUAAAGAUGUACAGCUUGCUCUGUGGAGCGAUUUGUGCAGUAGCAUUUCUUGGCCUGACGCUACUAGUGCAGGUUCUACGUCACAUAUUUGUCAGAUUUCGCAUCUUAGAGACGUGCUGCAGUUGCUGCACAUGUGUCAAUCGAGAUGCUCCUCGAACUAGACAAAUCUACCAUAUGCUCGACAACAUCGAACAGUAUAAAAGGCUGCAAUUAGAAAAAUUAAGAGAGAAUUACGCAGUUCAGGUUCAUCGAAUCAAAGAGAACUGCACCCAACAAAUGGACUGGAUUCAGGGCAGUUACUCGACGCAAACUGCUCACUUACGCAAUAUUAGAGACAUCGGCUCAAACCACUUGACUGCUAUGAAGGAUCAAUAUCAUGAUCAGGUGAAACGCGUACGCGACUACUCCACUUCACAACUGAACUGGGUGCGAGAAAACUACGUGUUCCAACGAAACAAGAUAAGAAAAUUUAGCGCCCACCAGAUACUUAGAUUGCGCGAAUCUUAUAAAUACCAGCAGCAGACGUUGAACAAAGUGCUGGAGAAUCUGCCGAGUCUUUACUUCGAGAACUGUCGCAGUGGCUCAUGCGGGCGGAGCGACUCGAUGGCUUUCGAUCCUGACGUCGAAGUUAUAGACAUGUAUCUCAAGACUAAAAUCGAGAAGCUGGCCAAACUGCCCAAUCCGGACGACGAGAGCAAGAUAUCCAUAUACUACACGCCGACGGAGCGAUCCGUCAACUCUCGGCGCAACUCUCCUGUGAUGAUUCCUGAUGGGAUUCACAUAAACAUAAUCGAGAGAAGCGGGCCACCGAAGUUGCUGGCGAUGAUUAAGCCGCUGCAGCCGGACCCUCCGCCCACCGUCGAACUGCACACGCCCGUUUCCGGCUCCCAAUCGCCGUCCAGAGCGAAACAGAAGUACAAGGAGGAGGCGAAACCUUCCAGCGAGCCUCUGCUCGGGCAUCGGGAAGAGCGUCAAGCGCGGCGGAAGCUGAACUUGGCCGCGAGCGUCAGUUCGCCCGAACUGUACCGCGAGGUGGAGAGAGACGAGACGAUCGUGGCGGACAGAGAUAAGACUCGGGUGUUGCUCGCAGUGGAGUUGGCGCAACCGGAGUGCCAGCUGCGGCACGCGGCGGGGCAGCUGGUGUGCGGGGAGUGCGCGCGCCUGUGCGAGAACACGCCCUUGUAGUACAGGCUUCUGACGCGCGUGUUCAAGAUCUACGCGCUAGGGCCGGGGCCCGGCCGCAGCGACGACAUCCGCCUCAGCGAUUACAAGGAGUCGCCGUCCUACGUGUAACGACGCAUCUUGCCUGAAGGUUUUACGUGUAAAGACAGAGUGUCGGACUCGGAUCCGCUUGUACUUUUAAGUAAGCUGUGAUAGUCUAAAUUGGAAUAAACACGUACGUGUAUUAGCGUUUCGAGGAUAUUUUCGUUUCUCCUAGUGGUAGGUUAAGGAGAAUUGAUGCGAUCUAUUCGUCGUGUAGUGAAUCCGAUUCGAUUAAGCGUUUCUGUGGGUAUUGAUCUUGUAAAUAUUCUGUUAGUUUCUCAAUCAUUAUUAUUUUUUCCAUUUUGAUGUAUUUUUAGGGUUAAAAACUCUUAGAGUGUUAUGCAUUUUAUAUUUGUUCGUCUUAAAAAUAGAAAUGAGUAGUUUAAUGCGAGGCGUAAGGAAAUUGUUACUGUCAUUGUUGUAAUUGUUCAGGUUGUUGUAAAUUGGUGUAUCGUACCACAUGCCAUUACCAUGUACCAGCUAGCCACGCGAACUGUACCAGGCCAGAACUCAUCUACAUUCUCAAUUCACUAACAUUCGAGUAUAUGAUAAAUAACGGAUACAAACUUUACUAUUUAUAUGAUGUACACUAUAUAUUUUGUGAAACCAUCGUAUGUAAACAAGUCUUGCAGUGAUAUGCCAAAUGCUACAUACAACAAUGAUUAUAUUGUAUAAUGUUUCUUAAAUAUAAAAUUAUACAAUUAUUGUUGAAAAUUUUCUAAAUAUUAUAAAGAAAGAGUAAGCAAAUCAUGAUGAAUAAAUUAUUUUUCAAUGUAAA